CUCAGAUUGCUCUGGUCGAGCAUGCUACUGAGGUUGUCGGUGGCUGCCAUCGCAUCUCCAUUCACGCUCUGUACUGCGUCCUGUGCGCUCACCGGGCCACUUCCUCGAGUCUCUCUCGCUGGCUGGGUCUGGGCGCUCGUCCUCGGGACCAGGGUAUCGUUCAGGUAGUCCAGAUCGCUCAGCAUGGUCGGUCAGCUGGCAAGGAGAGUGACGUCGUUCGCGACGGUCGACUCGGCUCUCCAGCAGCGUUUGUGGCCGACAUGGCCAGCACAGACUACGACGCAGAGGCCUUCUUCGCAGACUCGGAUCCGCCGCCAAAGCUAGACGAAGAGCUCCGGGCGGCUCAGUCCUUCAUCGCUCGACAUGCCAGAGAGGGACGACGAAUAGUCCUCAUCACCAGUGGCGGUACGACUGUGCCCCUCGAGAAGAACACCGUCAGAUUUCUCGACAAUUUCUCGGCAGGCACACGAGGCGCAGCGUCGGCAGAGUAUUUCCUCCGCUCGGGCCACUAUGCCGUCAUCUUCAUGCACCGACAGCAUUCUCUUCAGCCCUUCAGCAGACACUACAGUCACUCCGUCAACCCGUUUCUCUCCCUCCUUGAGCUACAAAAUGACGAUGUCGCCACUGCCAAAGGUCGGACGGAGCUUUUCCCUUCUUUGGCAGCCAUGAGGCCCACGCAAGAGACUCAACAUGUUUCGCCACAAGUUGAGCGGAGAGACAGCACGCAGGGGCCUCAAAUACGCAUCAAAACGGCAGACAGAGCGUGUCUGAUCACUAUCUUGCGAUCCUACAAGCUCAUUCAGUCGCUCGGAUUACUACACAACAUAAGCUUUACGACCGUACACGACUACCUCUUCUUACUACGAGGGGUGAGUCGAUUGAUGGGGUCGUCCGAGGACGAGAACAACCGGCCGCUGGGUAGACAAGGGAUGUAUUAUCUCGCAGCAGCCGUCAGCGACUUCUUCCUCCCUGCGACAGAGAUGUCGGAGCACAAGAUACAAUCGCGCGAGGGUUCGCUGGUGAUUGAGAUGCGUCCUGUGCCCAAAGUCCUCAAGCCGCUCGUCGAGCAAUGGAGCAACGAAGGCUUCACAGUCUCUUUCAAGCUUGAGACAGAUCCGCAACUGCUCAUACCGAAGGCGAGAGCGGCACUACAGCGAUAUGGUCACCAACUCGUCAUUGGCAACGAUCUCAACAGACGCAAGUUUGAAGUCGUCUUUGUCGACCAACAAGACGAGGACUGGCUCAGGAUCUCUCAACAGCAAACGGAAGCGGGCGAACGCGAGAUAGAGGAAGAUAUUGUGGACAAACUAAUAGCAAGACAUACAGAAUACAUUGCAAAAAGCUCAAGCUGAGCCCUGUUGUUAUACAACAUCGUUCCUGUCAGGAGAGGAACUCUGCCGCUUCCGAGUCUGACACGCCAUCGCUCGGUUGUCCACCAAGCAAAUUCUUGUCUUCUUCAAUAGUGAUAAGACCAAGCUUGUGGCUACGGAUCUGCUGCCAGAAAUCCUGGUUGCCAAAGCCUUGCGUCAAGAUGCGCGUCUUGAGAUCACGGAUCGAAUCGUUAUAGGUCGAUACUUCAUCCUCCUGAGAGCCAAUCCAGGCAUCGGUAUCU